AUGGACCUUCAUUAUAACAGUACUCAUAAUCUAAAACAUUUUAUAGUAAUUGCUGAAUAUGACUAUGGCAGCAAGUUUGAAAAAGAAUGGGACAUAUGUGGCAUUCCAGGCUAUGUAGAUAAUGGAAAUGGGGAAAUUAUUAGAGCUAUGACUGAGAAUUACCAGCAAAUCUUAGCUCUGGCCUUUGCUGUAAAGGAAAUCAAUGAAAACCUCAGGAUACUGCCGAACAUUACACUGGGAUUCAAUAUUUAUGACAGCUAUUUAAGUUCCAAAUGGACCUAUCAUGCUGCAAUACAAUUUCUCUCUUCAAAAAACAACCUUGUGCCCAACUACAAGUGUGGCAUCCAGGACACUCUAUUGGCAGUUACUGAAGAUCUGACUUCUGAACGCUCCCAUCGAAAGCCCAAUAUUUUGGGCAUUUACAAGAUUCCACAGUUCAUAUAUGGCUCUGGAAUGGUGGUAACAGAAAAGGACCAUCUACUUUACUACUUUCAAAUGAUUCCAAAUGUACUUUUUCAGUAUAGAGGGAUUAUGAAGUUAAUCCAGCAUUUCAACUGGAAUUGGAUUGGAUUCUUUAUUGCUAAUGGGAUGCAUUUAGAGAGUGUCAUGAACGUCAUCAUUCCAGAAUUUGCAAAAAAUGGUAUCUGUACUGCAAACAUAUAUACAUUCAUUUUGUGUCAUGGUGAAAACCACAUGAAAUGUUUAGAACAAUCUUACUAUGAAGUCAUGAACAGUGAAACCAAUGUGCUGGUUUUCAGUGGAGACAUGCGUUCCAUGAUCUUUUUGAGAUGGUUGCUCUCUUCCAAAUUUGAGUGUCUGAUAGAAAAACCUAAAGGCCAUGUUUGGCUUAUGACUGCUGGGAUGGAGCUGAAAAACUUCAUUGCAGCUUCUGAGAUGCCUAUACUUGAAUUCCACGGUUCAUUUUCCUUUACAGUUCAUUCUGAGGAAAUCCAGGGAUUCCAGCAAUUUCUCCAGAAGAGAAACCCUUUGAAUUCAGAAAGGGAUGGUUUCAUCACAGAUUUCUGGGCUAGCACAUUUGACUGUCCAUUCCAGGACUCUAGGUUCCAUCCUAAGAAUAGGGAUGCCUGCACAGGGAUAGAAAAACUGGAGAACCUUCCUGAGCAUGUCUUUCCAAUGAGGAUCUCAGGCCAAAGCUAUAGUGUCUACAAUGCUGUUUAUGCUGUGACUCAUGCCUUACAUGCCAUCUAUGCAUCAGUCUUCAGACACAAGGCAAUGGAUGGAAGGGAGAGAAGAAAACAUCUGAAUCAGCAGCUCUGGCAGCUUUCUCAUAUGUUGAAAACAUUAUCAUUUAACAACAGUGCUGGAGAUAAAAUUUCCUUUGAUCAGGAAAGCUCUCUGCUUGCAGGAUUUGACAUCAUAAAUUGGGUCACAUUCCCAAACCAAUCUUUCAUUGGAGUGAAAGUUGGAAGGAUGGAUCCAUGGGCACCUCCACACAAACAACUUACCAUUAAGGAAGAAGACAUAGUAUGGCAUCAUGGAUUUAACCAGUCACAACCUAUCUCUGUGUGUAAUGCCCAUUGUCAGCCUGGUUAUCAGACGGAAACAAAGGAGGGAGAACCAUUUUGUUGUUACAAUUGUGUGCCUUGUCCAAAAGAGUGGAUAUCUAACAAAACAGAUAUGGACAAUUGCUUUAAAUGCCCACAGGAUCAGUAUGCAAACAAGGAACAGAACAGAUGCAUUCCAAAGGUCAUUAGCUACUUGUCCUAUGGAGAACCAUUAGGUAUCAGCAUAGCCACUUGUACAGUCUUGCUAUCUGCUAUUACUGUUCAGAUCUUGAAGACAUUUUGGAAGCAUCACAAUACUCACAUAGUGAAAGCCAACAAUCGUGACCUUUCCUACCUUCUGCUCAUCUCACUUCUGCUCUGUUUUCUUUGCUCAUUGCUCUUCCUUGGAAGACCACUAACAAUAACAUGUCUUCUUCGCCAAACUACCUUUGGAGUCAUUUUCACAAUGGCAGUUUCUUGUGUGUUGACAAAAACUCUUAUUGUAGUUCUGGCUUUCAUGGCCAAGCAUCCAGGAUCCAAGAUGAAGAAGUGGACAGGGAGAAAACUGGCCAUCUUCAUUGUUUUUUCUUGUACUUUUCCUCAAGUAGGAAUAUGUGUUGUGUGGCUUGCAACAUCUCCCCCCUUCCCAGAUAGUGAUAUGCUUUUGAUGAGUGAAGAAAUUGUUCUUCAGUGUAAUGAGUCAUCACCCAUCAUGUUUUAUCUUGUUUUGUGCUAUCUGGGCUUGCUGGCCAUUGCCAGCUUUGCUGUCGCUUUCUUUGCUCGGAGGUUGCCAGACACUUUUAAUGAAGCCAAAUUCAUCACUUUCAGCAUGCUGGUGUUUUGCAAUGUGUGGCUGACUUUUGUUCCAACUUACCUGAGCACAAAGGGAAAAUUUAUGGUCACUGUGGAGAUCUUCUCUAUCUUAACCUCCAGUUCUGGAUUGCUGGGUUGUAUCUUUGCUCCCAAGUGCUUCAUUAUUCUAUUGAGACCUGAACUGAACAAAAGAGAGCACUUAAUCAGCCAUAAGACUUGA